UGCUACUCUACCAGGCUCUGCCUUCUCUCUUCUUUAGUCACACACAUAUACGAUCUAGGCCUUGCUUUUCUCGAUCUCGCACGCAUAAAGUUUUUCGAGUCCAAUCCGUUCAAAAUUUGCAGUUUUUGAAAGAUUCUUGAAUAGUUUUGCCUUCUGGUCAUUACAAUAGGUGCCAGUUUCGGAAGUUCUAACAAGUUUUUCCAGACUGAGUUUUUUGUUGAGUUCACUAUCUAAGUUUUCCUUUAAGACAGAUUUCGGAUUCUGGGUAGUGGUUAAAAUCCAAGUUUUUAGAUUCAUUCCAAUCUUCAUUUUGUGACUAAUUUUUGUGGGGGUUGGUGGAGGCUUAAUAUUUGAUCAUAAGAAAGUUGAGUUUCAAAGGAAAAUGAUUCUGUUCUCCAAUGGGCGCAACCUGUGGAAUUUGCGCUUGAUUUUUGGUAAAAGAUCUAGUGUUAAUAAGAGCUUUUAUUUUUGGAUUUUUCAAAUCUUUAAUAGAAACAGGCUGGGCACUUAACAAGAAACCUUCGUAACUCUACUCUGUUUACCCUGUUUCUGUUUCUGUUUCUGUUCUGUUCCUUUUCACUCUAGGUGUAGAGAACUUGGUAGAUUGAGAUAAUGGGAGGGGCUUCAUUGCCUCCGGGAUUUCGUUUUCAUCCAACGGAUGAGGAAUUGGUAGGGUAUUACCUGCAAAGGAAAGCUCAAGGGCUUGAAAUUGAGCUUGAAGUGAUCCCCGUGAUCGAUUUGUACAAAUUUGAUCCAUGGGAAUUGCCAGAGAAGUCAUUCCUGCCGAAACGGGAUAUGGAGUGGUUCUUUUUCUGUCCCAGGGACCGUAAGUAUCCAAAUGGUUCACGAACAAACAGAGCCACUAAAUCUGGCUACUGGAAGGCUACUGGAAAAGACCGUAAAGUUGUCUGUAACCCUGCCGUGACUGGGUAUAGAAAGACCCUAGUUUUCUAUCGCGGACGGGCUCCUUUAGGAGAUAGGACUGACUGGGUAAUGCAUGAGUAUCGCCUUUGCGAUGAUAUUUCUCUAGGAUCACCUGAUCUUAAGGGAGCUUUUGCUUUGUGCCAUGUUGUUAAAAAGAACGAGCAAGGUCUGAAGAUAAGCGAUUCACAAGGAGAGCCUAAAGCCAAACAGGUCGGCAGUAGCUCGAGAAAUGUGGAUUUCACCUCAGCUCUAAUCUCGAACGAGCCUUCGAACAUCUCAUGUGACAUGUCUUCACAAGCAAGUUACCUGUAUAACAAUGAGAGUCGAUAUUCGAGUCCUAUCACUUCUCCUUGUCAAGUCACACCAAUGUCAGAAUUUGAGCCAGCUGCUUCAAUGGAGAGUUAUCCUUCAAGCCAUUGGAUCUCACCUGAUCUAAUUCUUGAUUCCUCAAAGGACUAUUCACAAGUACAUGAAACUGCAGCUCAAUACCUUCCACAGUACGAGUAUCCGAUCUCCAUGAAUACUUGGCAGCCAGACAGACAUAGAGAAUUCUCGCCAGGUUCAUCAUGCUCGAAUUUUACAGGAGAAAUUGAACCUACUGAUGAUCUCAAUAACAUUGGCUUCAUGUCACCUUACUCAGGACAUGGAAACUACUUGGGUUUUGGUGGAUAUGAUGACAUGCAAUAUCAAGGAUUUGAGCCUAGGAACCAAGCUCCAAUCUGCAAGCAAGCAAGUGGAGAUGUUAGUUUGGGGGAAUAUGGCGGUCUUUGGUCGCAAGAAGACAAUAUGGUGAUUGUGAUCUAGGGGUCUACCCUGAGCAGAACAAUCAAGUACGGGUUCUCCAAGACAACGCCUUUUAAUGUUUGUUCUUGGAAGGGAAAUAAAGACUACAUCCCUUUCCUAUUAUGUUAAAAUGAGACGUGUUUGGUAUGUUUUCUUUUUUUAGUAGCUAAAUGUUAUCUCAGUUUUUGUUUAUUCAGUAAGGCUGUACCAGCCCCUGGUGGUAAUCACUUUCAUAGAUUUCACCACUAGUUGGUUAGUUUCAGCUUGAAUUGUCUGUCUCUGUGGCUUUAAGAAAUAAAAUAAGCUUCUUUCAUGGAAGAAGCUUCAUUA